AUGCUUCAGGUUGAAAAACAAAGAACAAAAGUAGCAGAUACAAAACCGUUAGACUAUAUCUUUACAAACGCUGGUAGGAAUAUUUCAGAUGAAGAAAUUUCAUCCGGAGCUUACAGGUUUGACUAUCCAAUUCGUUGGCUUCAAAGUCCUUCAGAUGCAAAGGCAAUAGGAUUUAGAAGAGUUUUGUUUUCAAAUAGAACUAACGCGUUUAUGUUCGCAGUAUAUUUUCACGGUCAGUAUAAAGGCUCUGAUGGUCUAAUAGAAAAAUUUGAUGAAAUGAAAAUCUUUACAAUUCGUUCAGACGAAAGUCUUGAAAAAACUCUAAAUGACUUUCAAACUCAAAUAAACAAAUACUACUGGGAAUUUCAAGAAAAAUACCACUCUUUACUAAAUGGAACAUACUAUCUAAAACUAGAAUACGACAAGAUGAACUCCACAGUUUCAUUUCAAAAGAUUGAAAUUAACCCUCCAAGAGAUACAGA